AUGGGCCCUCUGUGUUGAAUAAAACUUGCGCUGACCACGAACAAGACAAAUGCUCUGCUGGUACUGGUUCUACCACCGAAGAUUUUCAAAAUAGGAAUACUACACAAGAAAAUGCCGGAACAUACAAGAAAACCGACGAACCGAUUACUUCGUCAACGACUAAUCAUGCAAGAGUGAGCACAUCACAGGACGCCAAGAUGAGAAAUAUCACCACUAGUUCUGCAGCUAGUGUCAAAAAGAAAACACCGCCGUGCUGCAGCAGUACUGCAAUGUUGAAUACAGGAAACGAAACAAGGAACAUCAACAUAAUUUCUGCAGGUGAGCGCAAAGCGAUUACAUCACGAGAAACGAAGAAGCAGAAUGCAAGCACUGACGAGAGUGCCUCAUGUGGGAAAGGUCCGGUACUAGAAGAUAACGACGAUUCUGCUGGCCUUCCUGGACCACCCGUGCAGGCUUUCGAUUAUGACUCUGGAGACAUAAAGAAAUUGAUUUUUUAGAUGCAAAGGGCCAUCGCAUACACCAGGCGGCAAUUCAAUAUCAGUGCUCGAAGUAGAGCAUACUCGACUGUAGUAGAAGGAGAAAACAGUCAUUUCUUGAUCUUGACUCAGUGUAAGCCGUAACUAAGAGUAAGCUUUCCGACGGCGCCUCUUUAAUUCAAAAGCUUAACCAAGGAGCACUUGAGGUGCUUCGAUCUUCCUGCGGAGCAACCCGAGAGCUACCGGCCGCCAGUCGACGAUUUGCCUGAUCAUUUUUUC